AUGGAGAUGGAAAGGGGCCUGUGGGAGAGCACUACAGAGCCCAACAUCACAAACUGCACAGGACCACCAACCGGCACCCUGCAGGUCAUUGGGUUCCCAGACAAGAUGGCAGCGGUUGUGGUCGUACUCGGUAUUCUCACCCUCCUCACUGCGCUCAUCAACGGCGCCGUCAUCGCCGCCAUCUGCACCACCAAGAAGCUCCAUUUGCCGGCCAACUACCUCAUCUGCUCCCUGGCUGUCACCGACUUCCUGGUCGCCAUCCUGGUGAUGCCGAUCAGCAUUCUCUACAUCACCAUGGAAACGUGGUCCCUGGGUCAGGUGGUGUGUGAGGUGUGGCUGAGCGUGGACAUGACCUGUUGCACCUGCUCCAUCCUGCACUUGUGUGUCAUAGCCCUGGACCGUUACUGGGCUAUCACCAAAGCCAUCGAGUACGCCCGCAAGCGGUCAGCCCGCCGUGCCGGGGUCAUGGUGGGAGUCAUCUGGGUCAUCUCGGUUUUCAUAUCCCUACCUCCCUUAUUCUGGAGACAGAGGUCCAGCAGCAGCAGCCUCCAGCAGUGCCUGAUAGAGCACGACCACCUGGGCUACACGAUAUAUUCAACCUUCGGGGCUUUUUACAUCCCGAUGAUUAUCAUUCUCAUCCUAUACUACAGGAUUUACAACGCGGCAAAGACACUUUACCAGAAACGCGGCUCCUCCCGGCACCUGAGUGGCCGUAGUAUGGGAAGCCAGAGCUCGGUAGACCACUGCCGCGCGGCUCACACGUUCUGUGUGUCGGACUUGUCCACCUCAGAUCCCACUCUGGCUAUUGACAAGCUUGGUGUCGCCAUCCGAAUCCCAGCCUUUGGGACAGAUGUCGAUGGAGCAGCUGAGAAAAACCAGAUAUGUAGCUCACGCGAGAGGAAAGCGGCACGAAUCCUCGGCCUCAUCCUUGGGGCUUUUAUUGUUUGUUGGCUGCCUUUCUUUAUGAAGGAGCUGUUGGUUGGUUUACGGGUUAUGCAGCCCUCCCCGCUUAUCUCCGAUCUCUUGACUUGGUUGGGCUACAUCAAUUCUCUCAUCAACCCGCUGCUUUACACCAGCUUUAAUGACGAUUUCAAACUGGCUUUUAAAAAACUGCUUAAACGAAAGGAGCACACAUAA